AUGGCCGUACAGCUGGACAAGCAGCUCUUUAAUGCCCGUCUAAAACAUAUUCUGGACUGUUGGACGCGUGCCGGCAAAAACGAUGAUUUUAGCUCAUUUGCGGAUGCGGAUGGACUAUUCCUUCCAAUAGGUGAUCCAUCUCCUGAAGAUGAGCCGAUGAAGAAAGGCGUCGCGUUCCAGACAUGGUUACUUGGAUUUGAGUUCCCGGCUACGUUGAUGCUUAUCACGAAAGACAAGGUCUACGUGCUGUGUUCGCCCACCAAAGCAAAACACUUGGAUCAACUGCGAAAACAUGAUACUUGCAUUCCCAUCGAACUUUUGAUUCAAGCAAAAGCCAAAGAACCGCCCACCGACGCAUUACCGCGUUUCGUUGACGCGUAUACGUCGCUUCAACGCGUUGGAACGCUCGCGAAGGAGGCUCCCACGGGCAAGGUCAUCGAGGAGUGGAAGAAAGCUUACGAGGCCUCGGGCAAGGCGGUGGAGACUGUCGAUAUCUCAGUCGGGGUGUCAGCUCUCAUGGCGGUGAAGGACGAGGACGAGCUCAAAUAUGUCCGCAGCGCAGCCAAUCUGACUUCCUGCCUUCUCGCCAAUUAUGCCGCCACCAAGCUGGAGACGAUCAUCGACCGCGAGCUCGAGAUUUCGCACGAGAGCUUCGCUUCGCAGAUGGAGGCUCGUCUGGGCAGUGGAGAGGGUGAUUCAGCAAAGGGACCCGACAUGAAAGUUUGGAGCAAGGGCCGGAACCUCAAGGACGUUGAAUUUGACUUGGUCGAGUUCUGCUACACGCCCAUAAUCCAGUCACGAAACACGAAAGCCGGUUACGACCUUAGGACUGCAGCAGAGUCCUCGGCCGAUUUGAUGGCGCAUAAGGGCGUUUUCUUAAUCAGUCUAGGGUUGCGCUACAAGGGCUAUAGCUCCAACGUGGGCCGAACGUUCAUCAUCGACGCGGAUAAGGAACAAGAAGACAACUAUAACCUUCUGCUGGCACUUCAGGCCGAUUUGCUCGGUCGGAUGAAAGAAGGCGCAGUCAUUCGCGAUUUGUAUCAGCACGCCUUGUCAUUCAUCAAGCAGAAGAAGCCCGAACUCGAGAAACACUUCGUCAAGAACAUCGGGUUUGGCAUGGGUCUGGAGUUCCGUGACGCCAGCUACUUGCUCUCUUCCAAGAAUGCUCGUCAAUUGAAGUCGAACAUGGUUUUCAACCUCUCGCUCGGCUUCACGGAUCUGGUAGACAAGAAGGGGGACAAAUACGCCCUUCAACUGAACGAUACUGUCAAGAUCGGCUUGGAGAAGGCUGUCUGCUUCACCGAUGUCGUCAAAGCGACGAGUGACGUUAUGCUCUACUUCACCGACGAGGACGCGGAGAAGAAAGCGCCGAAGAAGCCCUCAAAGUCGAACCCUUCACCCGCAAAAAAUAAGACCGCCGGCGGAAAAGUCCUGCGCAACAAAACGCGAAGCGCAGCACAGGCGGAGAUCGUUCAGUCAGCAGCGCAGAAGAUCGCGGAGCACCAGAAGGAGCUGCACGAGAAGAUCCAAGCUGAGGGUCUGGAGAAGUGGACGGAGUCUGGCACGAGGGCGGGCGGGAAUGAGGGGAAGACGUUCAAGAAGUUCCAGAGUUACAAGGGUGAGGCGGCACUUCCGAAGGAUACGGAGAAUCUCCGAAUCAUGGUCGACAGGAAAGCUUUGACUGUCAUCCUCCCCAUCCAUGGCUUUGCGGUACCUUUCCACAUCAAUGCGAUCAAGAAUGUCAGCAAGAAUGACGAGGGCGACUACACCUAUCUUCGCGUUAACUUCCAGACACCCGGUCAACUUACCGGCAAGAAGGAAGAUACACCCUUCGAAGAUCCGGACGCCACCUUCGUUCGCUCAAUCACGUACCGUACGCUCGACGGCCACCGCUUCGACUCCAUCUCCAAGCAGAUAACUGAGUUGAAGAAGGAGGUCAAUAAGCGCGAGCAGCAGAAGAAGGAGCUGGCGGAUGUCAUUGAGCAAGAUAAGCUUCUCGAGGUCAAGGGACGCCGUCCACUUAAGUUGGCCGAGGUCUUCAUUCGCCCGCCUCUGGACGGCAAGCGUCUCCCAGGCGAGGUCGAGAUCCACCAGAACGGUCUGCGGUACCAGUCUCCUAUGGGCUCGCAGAAAGUCGAUAUCCUCUUCAGCAACGUCGAGCACGUCUUCUUCCAACCUUGCGAUCACGAACUCCUUGUCAUUCUGCACAUACAUCUGAAAGCACCCAUUAUGAUGGGCAAGAAGAAGUCGCAAGACGUGCAGUUCUACCGCGAGGCCUCGGAAGCUCAGUUCGAUGAGACUGGUAACCGUAAGCGCAAGUACCGCUACGGUGACGAGGAUGAGAUCGAGGUCGAGCAGCAAGAGCGCAAACGCCGGGCGAUGCUCAAUAAGGAGUUCAAGAGCUUCGCUGAGCGUGUCGUUGAGGCGCUUAACGCAUCGACUGGCGAGAACAUGGAUGUCGAGAUUCCCUUCCGCGAGCUCGCUUUCGAGGGUGUGCCGUUCCGUACGAACGUCAAGUUGCAGCCAACGACAGACUGUCUCGUCCAUCUCACCGACACGCCCUUCCUUGUGGUCAACCUGAACGAGAUCGAGAUCGCAUCACUCGAGCGCGUGCAGUUCGGCUUGAAACAGUUCGAUAUGAUCCUCGUUCACAAGGACUACACGAAGACGCCAUUGCACAUCAACUCCAUUCCGAGCAACCAGCUGGACGACGUCAAGGGCUGGCUCGACAACUGUGACAUCCCGCUCGCGGAGUCGGCUAUCAACUUGAACUGGGCCACCAUCAUGAAGAGCAUCAAUGAUAGCCCGUACGAGUUCUUCCAGACCGGUGGCUGGAGCUUCCUCGGCGGCGCAGGCGACGACAGCGCGGACGAGGACGAGAGUGAGCAGGAGUCCGAGUUCGAAGCGUCAGACGUCGAAGAGAGCGAGGACGACGAUGAGAGCGAGUUCAGUGACGGCACUGGUAGCGACGACUCCGGUAGCGGGUCCUACGACGAUGAGGAUUCGUCCGGUGAUGAUUGGGAUGCCCUGGAGGCCAAGGCGCAGCGAGACGACAAGAAGAAUGGCGAGCCUGGUCGUCGCCGCGAUGAUUCUGACGACGAUCGUCCGAAGAAGAAGGCGCCUGCGAAGGGCAAGACGAAUGGCAAGGCUACAAACGGCAAAGCGCGCCGCUGA